UAAUUAACGAAUACCCAGCUGUGACAUCGCCCAGGGGACAUGGCGCUCCAAGAGGCGAGGAGCUGGCAAACACGUUGUCUUGGUGUUUUCCCUCGACGGAUAGUGAUGUAAUCGUCAGUGCUCGGCAAAACAGUUUUAAUAUGCCACUUCAGUGAUUCACGGUGACACUGUCCAUGCAACAUGCUGCCAGAUCGAGAUCUAGAGCCGAACCACUGAGUGGAGCUAACAGAAAGGUGAAGCACUCAGGUGAAUCUGAGAGAGGGCUUUGUUGUGUUGAGCGGAGCUUGGAUCAUGAGUGUGGAGGCUCUGAGAGAGGCGCUGGGGCUGGAGGUGCUGAGGGGCCACACCCAGACGGGUCCCCAGCCCCGCUCCAGCGUGGUGCGAGUCUUCGUCAGCUCCACCUGCUCAGAUAUGAGUGCAGAGAGAGGUGUUCUGCUGGAGAGGGCUUAUCCUGAGGUUCUGAGCUUCUGCCAGAGCCUGGGCUUGACCUUUGAGGUGGUGGACUUGCGAUGGGGUGUGCGUGACAUGGUGGUUGUGGAUCACAUGACUGCUGAACUGUGCCUGGAGGAGAUUCAGUCCUGCAAGAGGAUCUCUGCAGGCCCCACCUUUAUUGCCUUAUUGGGGAACCGUUACGGCCUUCGUCCAAUCCCUCGUCUCAUCUCUGAGCGAGAGUUUGAGCUGCUGGUUGGCAAGCUGUCUGACCUGGACGACAUCAAGUUUCUCAACAAAUGGUACUGGAGGGAUGACAACACUAUCCCGUCAUCCUACGUCCUUCAGCCAAUCACCACACACUUCCCCCACUAUGACGAAGCUGUGGCAGAGUGCAAAGAGCUGCGUGACAACGACGCCCUCUCCUGGCAGUACACAGAGGCGCGCAUCCUGAGGCUGCUCCGCGGCGCCGCCCUGCAGGCAGAGAAAGCAGGGCAGAUGACCUCAGAGCAGAAACACAGAUACUUCAAUAAGGAGGCCUUUGUCUCUUGCUCUUCAGUGACAGAGUGGGAAAUAGAGCAAGGCCUGCUAGCAACCCAAACCUCUGACAGCACAGCAGUGCUGUUUGUCCGCGACAUCCCCAAACUGCGCAAGAAGGAGAUGCCGAAGACCCUGGCCCCCUUCACUGACGUCACCGUUGAUGGUCUGGUGGACUCGGAGGCCCAGGAGCUCCUCUCCGGCCUGAAGACGCGACUCUUCUCCGCCUGCGCCUCCUGCUCCUCCUGCUCCUCCUGCUCCGCCUGCACCUCCUCUCUCCACCAGCACUGCGUGGAGCUCAGCAAGGCCGGCUUCGAGCCCAGCCGCAAGGAGCAUGCUCAGUACCUGGACAGCCUGUGCGAGCAGUUCGUCUGCCAGAUGAAGGAGAAGAUCAGGCAGCAGGCUGGGGGGGCCUCUCUGGGGGUGUCAGACGGUGGCGGUGCUGGGCAGGGGCAGGCGGAGGGCUGGAGCUGGCUACACCAGGAGAUCUGCCACAACGCGCGUGUGUGUGUGCGUGAGUGUGCCGUGUUCUGUGGGCGGGAGAGCCUGCUUGGGAAGGUCUGCCUGACCAUGUGGGAGUCGACGAACAGCAGACACGCCCUGCUGGUUCUGUUCGGGUCGCCGGGGGUCGGGAAGACGGCACUUAUGUGUAAGCUGGCCCAGGAGGUGCGCAGCUUGUUGGACCCACAGGCCGUGGUGGUGCUGAGGCUGCUGGGAACGUCUCUGCUGAGCUCAGACGUCGACGUGCUGCUCAGGGGCGUCUGUCUACAGAUCUGCGGGGCGUUUGGUCUGCCGCUGCCCGCCUCGUCUGCAGCAAACACACACGAGGAGCUGGUGCGCUUCUUCCACCGGACCCUGGAGGAGGUGUCCGGCCGAGGGGAGAUGCUCCUGCUGGUCCUGGACUCCUUAGAUCAGCUCUCCUUCGCCCACAACGCCCACAAGCUGCACUGGCUGCCCAAAGACCUCCCGCCAAACGUUCACAUCGUGGUGUCGGUUCUGGACGCAGGUCCCCCUCUGCUGGCCAGCUUGCGGGGUUCGGUCGAGGAGCCCGGACACUUCUUCGAGGUGGAGCCGCUGACGUGUGAGCAGGGCAGAGCCGUCAUGGAGGCGUACCUAAGUGCCGCGGGCCGCAGUCUGCAGCCGGAGCAGGCGGAGUUAGUGCUCAGAAGCUUCCAGACGAGCGGCAGCCCACUGCUUCUCAGGGUCACGCUACACAGCGCCCUCCAGUGGACCUCCUACACAUACGCGUCUGACGUUCAGGUGGGGAGCACCACGCAGGAGGCUGUGGACCUGCUCCUGCUGCAGCUGGAGAAGAAGCAUGGCGGCCUGCUGGUGGCCAGAGCUUUAGGAUACAUCGCCUCAUCCAGAGAUGGUUUGACGGAGUCUGAGCUGAGGGACGUCCUCUCUCUGGAUGAUGAGGUGUUGGCUGAGGUCUACCGGCACUGGCUCCCCCCCAGCACCUCGCUGGUCCGCCUGCCCCCCCUGUUGUGGACCCGCCUGAGGCACGACCUGGGGGACCUCCUGGUGGAGGGGCAGGCUGGAGGAGUGCACCUGCUCAGCUUCCGGCACAGGCAGCUGCGUGAGCGGGUGAAGGAGCGGUACCUGUGCGGGGAGCAGAGGGUUCAGAGGCACGGGGUCCUGGCUGAGUACUUCCAGGGCCUCUGGGGCGAUGGCAAGCUGAAGCCCCUCCAGUUACCUCCCCUCCACACCAAACUGGGCGCAGACAGGAAGGUGCCCUCUCAGCCUCUCUGGUUCGCUGAGGGCGUGGCCAACUUCAGGAAGUUGAGCGAGCUACCCUAUCAUCUCCUUCAUGCUGACAAGUGGGACGAACUCUGUCAGGUUACCAUUGGCAGUACGGAGUGGCUGUGCUGUAAGACCCUGAGCUGUGGCGUGUCCAGUGUGAUAGAGGACCUGUCCCUGUGCACCACCCUCUAUGAGUGCCCAGAGAUCCAGCUGAUCCAGGACGCCUUCAUCCUCAUCAAACCCACCCUGGACUUCAUAGACGGACAUGUCGACCCCGCCCUGCUGUACACAGAGCUCUUUGCCAGGCUCCACUCCUUCACUGAGACGUACCCUGCUCUGAUUGGCCACCUGUGCUCUCAGUGUCAUGAUUGGUUCGCCUCCUGUCCUGACCCCGUCCUCGUCCCUAAGAGCUCCUUCCUGCCGUCUCCUGGGGGAGCGCUGAGGACGACCCUCACAGGGUUUAAGAAAGGCAAGAGUCCCUUCCCUGCUGAUGUUUCAGAGUGCUGGAGCCUGAGGACGGGCAGACAACUCUACUGCGUCCAGGAGGCCGUCAGCCUCAGCGUCGACCUCAGCUCAGAGCUCACAGGGUCGCAGGGUCACGAGGUCACAGGGUCACAGCACACUGCCCUCUGCUGUGUGGUGAAGGAGAGUGCUGUGGUCUUCACACAGGCACCGGGACAAUGUGUAAAAGCAUGGCACCUGGAGACGGGCGAGGCCCUCUAUGACGUGGGCCCCCCAGGACAGGCGGCCAUGUUGGGGACGCUCAGUGGCUCCGUGUGUGUCCUGUCUGACGGAGACCUGCUCACCUUCUAUAAGGCGUCUACAGGGCUGGAGAAAAUGCAGAUGCGCCUGAGCAGCCACACACACACCUUCAGUCCCACACACACCCUCAGCCUCACCUGUGCCCUUCACCUGCCUAGGCAGGACAAGCUGCUCCUAGCCUCCGGAGAUAGCAUCCUCUUCCAGACUGCUCCUGUGGGGCCCCAGAGCAAACUGCUGAUCACAUUAUCACAUUACUGCACCAAGUACCAGUGCCCUGGCCUUCAGGCACUGUCUACCCUGAACAGCUGUGAGAGGGUGUUGGUGGUGCUGCAGGUUCAGGCCCAGCCCAGCCUCCUGCACAAACAGCUGGAUCUCCCUCAUGAUGCCUUGGUGCUGACUGCAGCAGCCUCCAGCCAGGCUGGUGUGGCCAUCAGUGGAGCAGAGGACCAGCUCAUCAGGGUGUGGUGUUUGUCCUCCGGUAAACUCCUGGACACAUUCCAUGGCCUGGGCUCCAGUGUGACAUCAUUGGCUGUCUUUCGGCAGACGGUCGUCUCUGCCUCCACCUGCUCAGGCCACCUGAAAGUCUGGCAGUUGAACUCUGACCCCAAGAACAGAGCCGAGACCUCCGUUCCUGGUAACUGCGCUCUGGUCACCCUCUCCAAAGACGGACAGACGGCCUUCUUCGUCAAGCACGGCGGCAGGAAGGAGAUCUUCACAUGGGACUGCACGUCUGCGGACGCCAUGGAUGCGUCUGCGGAGGUGUGCUGUUUGGAGCUGGCCCAGCAGAAGCAGCUGCUCUUCUGUGGCCUGAGGACUGGCACAGUCAUGAUCUACCCCUUAGACUUCCCUCAGGAAACCCUGUGUAUCCCUCCUCUGAAGGACGUGCCCCAGGUUCAGUUCCUGACUAUCAGUCCUCGUGAAGAGCGCAUGGCGGUGGCCUAUGACGACGCUGUGUGUCUGUUUGAGAUCACGGCGCGGGACAGUUUCCCGUGCGUUGAGGGGCCGUUUGAGCGGUUCCCCCUGACGCUGCUGCAGUCGCCGCUCUCCUGCAUGGCGCUGCUGCCCGACUGCCGGCUGCUGUGCGGGGGGGACGGGGGCGAGGUGACGCUCUACGACUUUAAGAGCGCCUCGGCCACACCUCUGGAGCCCCAUGGGGCCCGUGUCACCUGCGUGGCCCUCAGCCACUGGAGCGGCCAGGCCCUGGUGGGCUCCCAGGACUGCGUGCAGAGGCUCUGGAGCCUCACGCCUCUGCUUCUGGACCACACCAUGGAGUACGAGGGUUUUUUCUUUGAAGGGGUGUUGUGCGCUGCAUUCUCUGUGAACGACCAGUACGUGUUCACGGGGUCCCAGGACAAAACCAUUAAAGUGUGGGACGUGGCCAGCGGGAAGCUGCUCUACGUGCAGUAUGUCUACUCCCCCAUCAUUAAGAUGGUGGCCCACAAGGACGGACUGGUGGCUGUCUCUCAGCUCGGCCAUUUCAUCAAGGAAGGGUUCCGCUGUCCUGCCGAGCUCCGUCCCGGGUUCAACCCGCUGCAGAACUUACAGGCCAAGUUCCGGGUCACGUCACGAGAGAAGCAACUAGACCCUCAUCACACCGUCCCCAAAGACACCCAAGUCUACAACCCAACAAACGUCAACUUCAUGUCCAUGUUUAAAGCCAAGCCCUCCAACACCUGUGUCCUGCUGUAG